GCACACCUCUCAGUGCCGAGCGCGCCGUGCCAGCACCGCCGGGAGAGGAUGGGAAGCGAGUGAGCGGAUCCGUGCCGGUGCAGGCGCCCGCAAUGACCCUGGUGCUGCCCAUGCAGCGGCUGGGCCGCCCCAUCGCCGCCGAGGGAGCCGCCGACCUCGCCGCCUACCGCGCCCUCUGGCAGCCGCCCUGCUGCGGACGACCCGGCCCUGGCCCCAGCCCCGGCCCUACCGCCCCGGCCCCGCAGCCCCCGGCCCCUCCGGCCCCCGGGACCCCCGCCGCAGGAUCACAUUACAGGGGAAUUUCAAAUCCUGUAACAACAUCCAAGAUCACAUACUUUAAAAGGAAAUAUGUGGAAGAAGAGGAUUUUCAUCCACCGCUCAGCAGCUGUACACAUAAAACAAUCUCUGUGUUUGAGGAGCGGGCCCACAUUCUUUACAUGUCUUUGGAGAAGCUGAAAUUCAUUGAUGAUCCUGAAGUCUACCUGCGGAGAUCUGUCCUCAUCAACAAUCUAAUGAAGAGAAUCCACGGAGAAAUCAUCAUGCAAAACAACUGGUGCUUCUCCACCUGCUCCUUCAGUGGCACCUCUCCACAAGAGUGGUUUGUGCCUCAGGACUGCCCGUACAGAAAACGCCUUCGGAUGGCGAAGGAGGAGUACGAAAAGCUCCAAACGUGCUGCUUCUAUCAAGAGUGUGGCAGUCACUAUUUAAAUCUACCCUACUCUGUUAAUGAUAGUACAGAAAAUACUUCCUCCUCUUCCUCCUCCUCCUCCUCCUCCCCCUCCAUUUCUUUGCCAAGCUGUUCCCAGCAGGUGGAUUAUGACAUUGGCAGCGCCCCUUCUUACAGGAGCGACGACCAGAUACCUGCUAAUGAAAUAUUCAUCACUAAUGCCAGGUCUCACAGUAAUCAGGAAAAGGCAAAAUUUACUGACGAGAAAGAAGGUAAUGAACCUGAGCAAGAGAGUGUCACUCUAAACUGUGAACCUGUAAGAGGCACCCAUGCUCUUGAAUGUAAAGGCAAAUUUUAUGACUAUUUUGAGACUGGAUGCAAUGACAAGAGCAACACAAGUGAAUCUUGGAAAAAAUCUUUAAGGAAAAAGGAAUCUAUACCAAGUAAUAAAACGUGCUGCAGCAAAGGAAGUAAAAUAUGAGGCAUCUGUUUUGCUCUGCUGAAGCAUGUGCAGCAUGUUUUGUUCGUCUAUCAAAUUUUUAUUUUGAAUUGAUUUUUUUAUAGUUUUCUACAAAUGAUACAAUCAUGCCACAAACAU